UGUGAAAGUAUGCUUUUGGUUUCAAAGUAAGUCUGCUAAAUUUAGUGGUUUUGGAUGGUGGAUUAAUUUUUGUUGGGCUACGUGUUUUUGGCCUAGCUUGAAAUUACAGUUCUUAGGUCUCAGCAGCCUUGACCUAGGUUGACAAUCUAGUCGGAAUAAGUUGACGCCACACCCUUGAUGUCCAACCUCAAGGCUAAACCAGGGAUGGCAUUAUGGCAAUGGGAUGAGGCAGUGGCUAAUCCCUGCACCCUCCAAGUCAAGGCAAGCUUCAAGCUUGAACUCGCGAAAGCUUCUGCGAGCAAGCCUACUCAAUGCACAAGUUCCCUUGAGCAACCCGUGCCAAGCUACCUAAGGCAUAAGUUCUCUCAAGGAACCCGUUCCUACUUCCUAGCCUAGUACUCAAGGCAUAAGUUCCCUCAAGCAACCCGUGCCCCAAACGACUUUUUGUAGGUUUUUUUUUUUUUUCUUCUAAAAAAGAUUGUAGUUUCAA